GCCAACUCCCAUUUUCUCUCUCAUUCCUCUGUAACAUUAAAACCCUAGAGUGCAAGGCCGAGCGGCUCCAUCUUCCAGAGAGAAACAAAGCUCACUGCAUCGACAAUGACUUUCAAGAGAAGGAACGGUGGUCGCAACAAGCACGGCCGCGGCCACGUCAAUUUCAUCCGCUGCUCCAACUGCGGCAAAUGCUGCCCCAAGGACAAGGCCAUCAAGAGGUUUCUGGUAAGAAACAUUGUUGAGCAAGCAGCUGUUAGGGAUGUGCAGGAAGCUUGUGCUUUCGACACAUACACCCUUCCAAAGCUGUAUGUGAAGAUGCAAUACUGCGUGUCCUGCGCCAUUCACUCAAAGGUUGUCAGAGUCAGGUCUCGCACUGACAGGAGGAACCGUGAGCCCCCACAGCGCUUCAGACGCCCAAGGGAUGAUGCCCCGAAGCCAGGGCAAGCUCCGCGUCCAGGCGGCCCCCCUGCAGUUGCGCGCACUUGAUUCUUAUGGUUGGCACUCGUGUGUUAAGCUCUAUUGAGUCUUGUGUUAUGCAAUUUCGAUGUCUUUUUUUCAGCCAUAAUUGCUAUUAUAUUUAGUUUUUCAGACAUGUGAGAAUUGUUAUUUUAUGUGUUAUGUGCAACUGAAAUUUUUGAAUUCAUCAGAGAUUUUGCUUUUGUUCUAAUUUUUGAGGUGGAAAACAAUUAUUGACUCUUUUA